AUGGCUUCGAACAAUCGCUUUAGCAACUUGGCCAACCCAAGCAAUACUCAAUCGCCUGGCACUCCCACCCAACGACCGGCUGCCUCUGGCUCCGCCUCCGCCUCCAACUCUACCCCCGAUCGACCCAAGCCCAGGAAGAGGAAGGGACACCGAGGUGGCAAGAAGAAGCGCGCUCGCAGAAAGAGUUUUGCGGCGUUUGACGAGGAUGAUGGACGCGACGAGGCUGAGGAGGCUGCCGGGGAGGGUUUCUUCAACCUCCCCAAGGCCAAUUUGAGCGACGCGAGCAUUGAUAGCGAAGCAUUGCUAGAUCAUCGUGGCCACCACCCUAUGCGUCCCAGACGAUCAUCGACGGUCCCGGCUCCGGUCUCGCCCUUCACAGGUCCAAGUAGCAACCGUCUCCGCUCGAUCCCAGCUGUUUCCGCCGAAGAGGAGCAUCCAGAACAUUCGCAGUGGGAUGAAUCUGCGCCUUUGCUAGGCGAAUCGAGGCUACGACGUUCACAGACUGGCCUAUCUGGCUACGGCGCAAGUGAUGCGGUAUCAAGUCACAGCCGAAGUCGACGACCCUCCAACAAGUCCUCCAUGACAAGGCUAGGAACUUCAUCUGGCGCAAAGGACCGUUACGAUGUCAACCAUCCGCCAUCCAUGCCGGGCUCUCCCACAUUUGGCACCGCCGAUCGCAUAGAACUCAGUCUAGGGGAUGUCAUGAUACGGGAUGAACUCGGCAGCGUCCGUGACGACUCCCCACAUCGCUUGAUAGGCGAGAUUGACGGCCUUUCUGAUGUUGGGAGUGUUCUAAGGGAUAAUCGACCUGAGCUUGGUCGAAGAAUGGUGGCUGAGGCUGAGCAGGAUGUUUGCUUCCCAGGUCCUGGUAUGUCCGAAAUAGGAGAUGACGAGCCUCAGUCACGAGGACAGGAGCAACGCCAGUAUCGAACACGCCGUCGUCGCGGUCAAUGGCCCGACUUGUCCAUCCUGGAAGAAUGGAGUCACAUGGAGAAGGAGGACCGAACCGAGGAACGUCGCGUCAAGAAGAUCACGGAGCCGCAGCUCAUUAAUGGACGACUCCGCCCGUUGCGCAAAGGCUGGUUCCAGUCAGAUGAGGAAACGCCAUAUCGGUUCACUUAUUUCAACGAGGAGUUCCAGAGCACGAUUCACAGCCAGACAAUAUCCGAGCUUGUCCAGCCCGGUGGGGGCUUUCGAGAACUCUUCAUUCCAGAUCCCAGAAUUCUCUCCGAUGAUGAGUCUGAUGAGGAGGAUUUGGACCCUGUCACCAUUCCCACCAAGACUCGCAAUCAGGGCUCGGGGACAGAUAGCGAGUCCAAGGCUAAUACGCGCCAACCCUCGUUGUCAGCCACCCGCGAUACUCUAGAGACCCGGCCUGAGGGAACGGCAUCCCCCUCGAAAGAUCCAUUGGCACAUGUAGCCUCGAGAAGCGAGUCAGGGCGGGCUACUCCGUCGGGCCGCAAGUCAGCAGAAGAGAGCUUGUUGCACAUCUCACAGGACACUACGGCGGGUUCAAAAGACAAGAUCCUGAGAUAUGGCGAGCGACCAGUCUGGUGGCUUGAUGUACUCUGUCCCACUGAACCAGAGAUGAAGGUCAUAUCCAAAGCAUUUGGCAUCCAUCCACUUACUGCAGAAGAUAUCAUGCUGCAGGAGGCUCGCGAGAAGGUUGAGCUCUUCCGGCACUACUACUUUGUCAACUAUCGAACCUUUGAUCAAGACAACAACAGCGAAAACUUCCUGGAGCCUGUCGAUAUGUAUGUGGUUGUCUUCCGAGAAGGCGUCCUGAGCUUCCACUUCUCCAAGACGCCGCAUCCUGCCAACGUCCGUCGACGAAUUCGUCAGUUGCGCGACUACUUGAUACUAUCUUCGGACUGGAUCUCGUAUGCCAUUAUCGACGACAUCACGGAUGUCUUUCAGCCCUUGAUACAGAAUAUCGAGGAUGAGGUAGACGAGAUUGACGACGCCAUCCUCAAGCUACAUUCAUCCGCCGAUAAGCGGUUGAAGGAAGAUAACUCGAAGCCAGACGACGCCGUCACAACGUCUGAUCCUAAUAGUGACAUGCUUCGACGUGUAGGUGACUGCAGAAAGAGGGUCAUGAGUCUAUACCGCUUGCUGGGCAACAAGGCGGAUGUUAUCAAAGGAUUCGCCAAGCGCUGCAAUGAGCGGUGGGAAGUUGCGCCUCGGUCCGAGAUUGGCCUCUAUCUUGGUGAUAUCCAAGACCACAUCAUCACCAUGACUGCCAACCUUGGCCAUUACGAAAAAAUACUUGCUCGAUCUCAUGGCAACUACCUCGCCCAGAUAAACAUUCGCAUGAACGAGCGCCAGGAACAAACGGCCGACGUGCUCGGUAAGCUCACCGUCCUGGGCACCAUCGUACUCCCCAUGAACAUCAUCACCGGUCUGUGGGGUAUGAACGUCUGGGUGCCCGGUCAAGAGUAUGAAGGCGACCUCACCUGGUUCGUCUGGAUCACGGCUGGUCUCCUUUUCUUUGGAUUCGCAUGCUACAUGAUAGCCAAGAGGGUAUACAACAUUGUAUAA